AUGAGCAAGAUAUUCACUCGGUUCAGGUCCACCAAAGUGCUCGUGUUCCCAGGACAGGGUCGAUUUGAUGUCAAUUCGCUGUCCUCUUUGACAAAGCACCAAAAAGUGCCUGUGGUGCAGUCGCUAUUAGCACAAGCGGACGAAACACUGCCUUCAUUGCGGUUGUCGGAAUUUAUUACUGAUCCUGCUAUUGCAUUGGCCAAGAAAGACAUCCAAUUGACGUCAAUCCAACAGCCACUACUGAUACUAACAUCCUACGUUACCUACCAUCUUCUCAGGGCCGUGAAAAAUGAUAACAUUCUCAAUGAUACCGAUUUCUUGCUGGGCCACUCUGUGGGUGAAAUAUCUGCCUUGGUUGCGCAAGACUCAAUUUCUUUUGCAGCCGGACUCGAAUUGGCAUACCAAAGGGGUGUGUUAAUGGAAAGGCUAGUGGAGGAAACAGGGAAGUCAUUUUCAAUGCAGGCAUUGUUAUUUCAACCGACUCAUUAUAAAUACAUUACACAAAUUCUAGGAGAGCUGGACGUACAAGUCAGCAAUUAUAACAACUACCAGCAGUUAGUGGUUAGUGGGGAGAAAUUGGGGUUGGGUCAGAAGAUCGACCAGCUCAAAGCAAGGAUUGCCAAAGCUGGAGUCUGGAAAACACGAGUCCAUAGCGUCGACCUCGGAGUCAAAAUUCCAUUCCACAACCCUGUUCUGCGACCUAUAGAGAAGGAGCUGGGACACUUGUUUGAAAAAACAGUUCCUGUGAAGCGUUCUUUGGGCGUUCCGAUGGUGUCGAACCUGAACGGUGAAAUGGUAGCAGAGGUGAACACGCAAGUCAAAAAUAUUGUCCAAGUGACCUCAAGACCGGUUCAAUUCCUCAAGUGUCUUGAGACCUUAACUUCCUUGGAUGAUAAAUUCGAGUUUCUCAGUUUCGGGGAUACCACCUCGAAGAUAAUUCAGAAAUAUUUCCAGGAUGCUCAAAAACUGAAGAAUCUGCAGGCGAAAUACUCGACUAAGACGGUUGAAGAACUAUUGAACGAGUAA